CAGUUGCUGAUUGGCUGGCUGGGGCGCAGCUUGAUGGCGUCGGGCUGGCGAACCCAGGUCCCCGGGCGACUGCCGCCUGUGUGAGAGGGUCUGUGGUCUAGCGUGCUGUGGCUUCGGGGAAAGUGGAGGCACGAGCCCUCCUUACUCUUCGCCAUGAGUUUCCUGAUCGACUCCAGCAUCAUGAUUACUUCCCAGAUACUUUUCUUUGGAUUUGGGUGGCUUUUUUUCAUGCGACAGCUGUUUAAGGACUAUGAGGUGCGUCAGUAUGUGGUACAGGUGAUCUUCUCUGUAACUUUCGCAUUUUCUUGCACCAUGUUUGAGCUCAUCAUCUUUGAAAUCUUAGGAGUAUUGAAUAGCAGCUCCCGUUAUUUUCACUGGAAAAUGAACCUGUGUGUAAUUUUGUUGAUCCUGGUUUUCAUGGUGCCUUUUUACAUUGGCUAUUUUAUUGUGAGCAACAUCCAACUACUACAUAAACAGCGACUGCUUUUUUCCUGUCUCUUAUGGUUGACCUUUAUGUAUUUCUUCUGGAAACUAGGGGAUCCAUUUCCCAUUCUCAGCCCCAAACAUGGGAUCUUAUCCAUAGAACAACUCAUCAGCCGGGUAGGUGUGAUUGGGGUGACUCUCAUGGCUCUUCUUUCUGGAUUUGGUGCUGUCAACUGUCCGUAUACUUACAUGUCCUACUUCCUCAGGAAUGUGACUGACACAGAUAUUCUAGCCCUGGAACGGCGACUGCUCCAAACUAUGGAUAUGAUCAUAAGCAAAAAAAAAAGGAUGGCAAUGACACGGAGGACUAUGUUCCAGAAGGGGGAGGUGCAUAACAAACCAUCAGGAUUCUGGGGGAUGAUAAAGAGCGUUACCACUUCAGCACCAGGAAGUGAAAAUCUUACUCUUAUUCAACAGGAAGUGGAUGCUUUGGAAGAACUAAGCAGGCAACUUUUUCUGGAAACAGCUGAUCUAUAUGCUACCAAGGAGAGAAUAGAAUACUCCAAAACUUUCAAAGGGAAAUACUUUAAUUUUCUGGGUUACUUCUUCUCUAUUUACUGUGUUUGGAAAAUUUUCAUGGCAACCAUCAAUAUCGUUUUUGACCGAGUGGGGAAAACUGAUCCAGUCACAAGAGGCAUUGAAAUCACUGUGAAUUAUCUGGGGAUCCAAUUUGAUGUGAAGUUCUGGUCCCAACACAUUUCCUUCAUUCUGGUCGGAAUAAUCAUAGUCACAUCUAUCAGAGGACUGCUGAUCACUCUUACCAAGUUCUUUUAUGCCAUCUCCAGCAGUAAAUCCUCCAAUGUCAUUGUCCUGCUAUUAGCACAGAUUAUGGGCAUGUACUUCGUCUCAUCUGUGCUGCUGAUCCGAAUGAGCAUGCCUCUGGAGUACCGCACCAUCAUCACUGAAGUCCUUGGAGAGCUGCAGUUCAACUUCUAUCACCGUUGGUUUGAUGUCAUCUUCCUGGUCAGUGCUCUCUCCAGCAUACUCUUCCUCUAUCUGGCCCACAAACAGGCACCAGAGAAGCAUAUGGCACCUUGAACUCAUGCCUAUUAUAGACUGCUACAAGCCAGUGGUGUCAGAAUUUGGAUAUAAGAGGGAAAAACUGGAGGGGCCAGGGCCUAACAUUUUUAAAACAACAUAGUGCUGUGGUAGCAUAUUCUACCUGCAGCUUAUGCCUUCGUCCUCAGAUGAUACUGUAAUCAUGAGUAGCUUCAGCUUCUCAUUUGUAUGAGAGAGAGAGAGAAGUAACUCAAGCUAGCACUCAACCAAGAGUACCCUGUUUGGUUUGAGGCUGGUAGAGUAUGCCAGGUGGUAGGGCUAAAAGGAGCCAAGAAGCUAAAGGGAGAAAAUACACUGGAAUUCUUGGGUAAGAGAAAUGUAAGGUAGCUGGUUAAACACUUGAGAUUCUGUUUAAAUCAAGGAUCCCAUGGAGGAGGUUAUGAGUUUCCCUUGAGAUUGACUAUCAUUAAAAUCAGAGAUUGUUAACACUUGGGCCUUACUGUCAUUCUGUCAAGGAUAGCUUGGUAUUAUUGCUUGUGUGGUCUAAGUCAGCAUCCCAGCCCUCCUCCCCAUCCCCUUCACCCUUCAAAUAACCAAAAGUUCAUCUAUGCUGGGGAAGGAGUGGUAUGCAACUGAAAUAGAGUGUACC